AUAACUCUUAAGAAAUGCCAAAAUGUCUCUACUGCUCAGUAUGCGAACCAGAUUUAGAUCCGAAUGGAAGUUUAAGUGAAUAUUGUAGCGAUGAAUGUCGUAUAAAUGCUUUAAAUACAGGCUUUACAAAACCUUGUAUACAAUGUAACGAAUAUCCUAGACUUAAGUCGAGUCAAUAUUGUGGUUGGGUGAGAUGUAGAAAUUCAGCAAAGUGUAUAAAGUGCAAGAAAAAUUUCGUUACAAUGUUAAAUUCUUUAUGGUGUUCUAAACAAUGUCGAGAUAUCACACAAAAUUGGAAAUCUAUGGUGAAGACUAAUGAGUUAUGUUUAAAGUGUACACAAGAGACCACUUAUUUUGGAAAAUAUUUUUGUGGAGAAGAUUGCGAGGAAUGGGUUAAUGAAAAUGGACCUUGUAUAUUUAAGCUUUCUAAACAAGGAAAUAAAUUUAAAGAUAUUUCCAAUCAAUUUAUGUCUUCUUGGAAACACGAAAAUAAAGUUAUGCCAGAAAUACAUACGAUAUAUAAAAUAUUUCCUGAGAAACAAAUUAUAUCACGCUAUAAUAAUUAUCGAGAUACUAUUGAGAGUUUAAGACGACUCGACGGUAAGCCAUUCCCAAAAGGUGAUGGGCGUGUAAUGACAAAAGGAAAUGAACAACGUAGAUUUCAUGGAACGAGAAUGAAAUGUCUUUUGGGAAUUCAAACAGAUAUGCUUUGUUCAGACGUGAAUUGUGCAGUAUGUAGAAUAAUAACAGAAGGAUAUAAAUUAAUAUAUGCAAAAACAAGUAGAUUUAAAUAUCAAAAAUUUGGGGAUGGAAUUUAUUUUUCAAGUACAUCAUCCAAAUCUGAUGAUUUUAAUAAAAAAUCUAUGAAAUAUUACAAUGGUGUUAAUUAUAAAGUAAUGUUUCUAAAUAAGGUGGUUGUUGGUAGAGCUUUUGAAUUAACUCAAGAAAAAAGAACUUUAACUGGUCCUCCUAUUAAUUAUGAUAGUGUAGUUGGUGAACCCAGUGCCUUACUUUAUUAUGAUGAGCUGGUUGUGUAUGAUGAAUCUGCUUGUAUACCUCAAUAUUUAGUUGUUUAUGAAUUACCAAAAUUACCAAAUAGACGACAAUAAUAGUUCAUUAAAAAAAAUUGAUCUUAACAAAUCAAUUUUUUAAAUCACUAACAGGAUCAUGAUGAUUAAGAGUAUCUAUAUGUAUAUGUAUGAAAAAUGGGCUAGUUUUAUUAAAAUAUUAAAAAUAUACUUUGUUUUUAAUAUAAUAAUUUAAUAUUGUAGCUAAAAUA